GCCGCCUCCAGCUGCUCUCGGCGGGGCUGCGCUGCCCUCCGCCGAGCAGAAACCCCCUGAACAAAGGCGGGGGAGCAGCGAGGCGGGGCACAGGCACACACCCGGCCCCGCCGAGCCCGGCCGCUCCGUCCGGAUGCGGUGAGCCCCCCGCUUCGCCUCCGGGGGGCGGCGGCAGCGCGGGAGGGGGAGAAGCGGAGGAGGAAGCGGCGGCUCCCCGCCACCAUGGGCUGCUGCUCGGGUCGCUGCACGCUGAUCUUCCUCUGCUCGCUGCAGCUGCUGGCAGCGUUAGAGAGACAGAUCUUUGACUUCCUGGGCUUCCAGUGGGCUCCUAUCCUUGGCAACUUCCUACAAAUAAUAGUUGUCAUCUUGGGUUUGUUUGGGACCAUCCAGUUUAGACCUCGCUACAUAGUCGUGUACACGGUGUGGACUGCCCUGUGGGUCACCUGGAAUGUUUUCAUUAUCUGCUUCUAUUUGGAAGUAGGAGGACUUUCUAAGGAGACCGACCUGAUGACCUUCAACAUCUCGAUGCACCGCUCGUGGUGGCGGGAGCACGGGCCGGGCUGCGUCCGCAGGGUGCUGCGUCCCUCCGCCCCUGGCGUCCUGGAGGACUACUCCUACGUCUCUGUCACAGGCUGCAUCAUCGACUUCCAGUACCUGGAGGUCAUCCACAGUGCCAUCCAAAUACUCCUCUCUCUGGUGGGGUUUGUCUAUGCCUGCUACGUGAUCAGCAUCUUCAUGGAGGAGGAGGACAGCUUUGAUUUCAUAGGUGGACUUGAGUCAUACUCCUACCGCCAGCCCCCCCAGGAACAUGUUGAGUUAAAGCCUGUAAAGCCUGUAGGUCGGAGCAAAUGACGAGCAGGGAGCCCAGACCUCUGCUGCUGCAGCUGAAGAAACACCUUGGAGAGGACAAGGCCAGCCUUGGGACUCACCCUUCUGGAGGGAACCCAGCAGCUGUCUCUCACUGGCUGCUUCUUCCCAGCAGCUCAGUGUCAUCCAUCAGCCUUGGUUUAUG